AUGGAGACAUCCCUUCUUGAGCCACAAGGCGCAGUGGAAGAUUAUGAAUUAGCACUGAGAACCGCCCUUUUGGAGAAAGAGUACCAGGCAACUCUAGGACAUACAGCACAACUCCUCGAUGCCGAAAAGUCUCGCGUAACCAAGGUGGAACAAUUGCUUCUACAGUUUGAGAAUGAAACCCUCCGGUACCAACUAGAUCGGGCCGAUCGGGAGCUUGCGAAUAUGAUGAAGGAGGAGUAUAAGUCUCGCAGCAUACUUGACGGUGCUCGUCAGGAGCUCAAUGAGCUUCGGAAUCAACAGCGCUUCGCUUCGCAAGAGAUAGAACGUCUUCGCAACGAGCUUGCAACGAUUAACAACACCACCGCUGGCUCAAAAGAGCUCCUAGCGGAGAUCAGCCGACUCUCAAAAGACCUAGCGGAUUCACGGGCGGAAAUUGAACGACUCGCAAGUCAAUGCACCUCAACCAAUACCACCAUUGCCGAGAAACAGGCCCUCGAACGCCAAUUGAAUACGUUGGAGGUACAGCGAGAGGAUGAAAAGCGGGCGCACGAGCGUAGCUUGGCCAAACUCUCAAAGCAAGGCGAGGAACUAUAUGCUCUGCGUUCGAGUCUUGAAGAAGCACGUCGACAACUCGUAAAGGAGGUGGAGGCACGAAAAAGCCAGGAGCGCGUAUCUCACCAGCAGAGUCAGAAAGCAUAUGCACAACGCUUGGCGUCGGAGGACGGUUCUGAAACGUUGAAUAAGAAACCACGCCAAGUCCACGAGCAAUCCCAAGCAACGCAGAGUGCUCACUACCGCCAACCUGAAAACAGAAAUGAAGCCGGCAACACCGUACGGUCACGCAUUACUGCAAUCGAACAAUCCAACAGCCGCUUGAACCCCGAACUUACCAUCGCAACUCCUGGGGCUGUCCGUGUUCAAAGCAAGAAACCGAAAGUAUCCGCGCUGCCCGGGGACAAGUCUUCCUUUUCUAUCACGCCAUUUUUGAAUCGGACAACUGGGCUCCGAGAUUCUCUGAGUUCAGAUAAUGAGAGCGAUGAGCUCCACUCGAGCACACCGAUUAUGAAUACUACCAAGGCACCCGGAAAGACGAAAAAGAACGAGAUUCAAGUACAAGAUCGCGAUGGCUCAGUCUCGGAGCGCCCUUCUACCGAAAGCAAACAGCACCUUGAGCAAACCUCUUCAGAAGUCAAGGUGGCGAAAGAAGGCCAACGCAAACCGGCAGAUGUUCCGAAGAUUGACGACCGCUCAGAUGGCUCUAGCAUUCUAUCUACCCAUCUGACUCUCGCGCAAGCCAAGACGCGGAAACGUAAAUUAGGAGCUCAGCGUGAUAGGAGUAUAUUUGAUGAUGACGACGACGAGGAGGACGACGACUUUAAGGGGAUGAGGAAACAGGGCCGUAAACUGGCUGGCCCAGGACGCAAUGUGGGAGUCCAAUCUUCUGCUAUGAAGGCCGGUCCCUUGUCACUUGGACGUGGAUUCGGUGGGUUUUCGGAAUUCUCUCCAUUGAAGAAAGACAGGAAACGGUUGUAG